AUGAUGAAGCCCGGCUCCCGCAAGCGCCUCGCCUCGUCGCCUGCGCCGUCGGCCCCCGUCACGCUGCCGCCCCCGGGUUUCGUGGCGGACAGGGAGGAGGCGGCCGCCCUUGUGGAGCGGCUUCUCCAGUACGAGUUCAACAAGCGCUCCCUGCUCGAGGAGGCGCUCACCCACCAGUUCUUCUCCAGCGGCGGGGCUGCCUCCUACCAGAGGCUCCAGUUCAUCGGGGACGCGGCGCUCGGCCUCGCCUUCUCCAACUUCCUCUACCUCACCAACCCCACCGUCGGCCCCGGCGCGCUCUCCACGCUCCGGGCCGCCAACAUCUCCACCGAGAAGCUGGCGCGCGUCGCCGUGCGCCACGACCUCUACCCGCUGCUCCGACGCAACUGCCCUCGCCUCGAUCUCUUGGUAGGCCAGUUUAUCCAGUCAGUGAAACAAGAGUUAGGGGAUGACCUUGGCACUACGCCCUAUGGUGGCACUGUAUUUAAGGCUCCCAAGGUGCUUGCUGAUAUAGUCGAGGCCAUUGCUGCUGCUGUCUAUGUGGAUUGCAACUUUAAUCUUGAGAAGCUCUGGAAGGUAACAAGGUUCCUCUUUGAGCCCAUUGUCACGGCAGAAACAAUUGAUGAGCAACCCGUGUUUACGUUGCAUGAACUGUGCCAGAAACAUGGGAAAGAUAUAAAAUUCAAGACUUGGCAGAAGGGUGGAACAACGGUUGUAAAUGUAUUUGUUGGUGGGGCACUUGUUGGGAUGGGCUCCUCAGAGCAGAUGGUAAUCGCUAAGCUCAAUGCCACACGGGAUGCAUUAAGCAAGCUUCUUGGUGGAGGCAAUCAGCAAGUGUUGACAAUUGGAGUUGGGCAUGGAUCGGAGGUUGAGGUUGGAGAGCUUAGGGAAUGCAAGCAGAAGCUUAUUGAGCAGUGCAGCAGGAAGCAUUGGCCAAAACCCAUCUUUAAGUAA